AUGGGAAAGAAAACUCCAGUCCAUUUGCAAGAUCAGACCAAGAACGCCGCAAUGGAGGACUACUUUGACUUGUCCGAAACCUUCGAAAUGCAGGGCAGCGACUCGUUGGCCUUGAACGGCAGCCAGCCACUUGCCCUUGCAGACGCCCCUCCCCUGACUGUUUCCCCCCAAGAACUUCUCUUGGACUCCUCGUGCCCACCUUCCACCUGCAUGACCGAUCUCAGCACUCCAUCCUUCGAAUCCCCUGGCACCUUCAGCCACGACACAUCGCCACUCUUCAGUACUGCGGACGAUCUCUCCGCUGACCAUGAUGGCUGGGAGUCGCUCUUUCCUGGAGACCCGCUGACCACUCUCGACGAAACCCCAAAGCUUUCGGCGCCUAUUCUGGCUCAGCCACCAGCUCGACGAACUGUCCAGCAAGAAACGAUUUUUACCACUGCUUCAUCUUCGCCUGCUGCUAAAUCUCGUUCUUUUCCAAUAUCAUCACCUCGCACGAGUUCUCGCUCGACAUCCACCCGUCCUUCAUCGGUGUCUGGGGUGACUAAGCGAACCCGUGAAAAGCAUCCUUUGCCACCAAUUGAGGUUGAUCCUUCCGAUCCUGUCGCGGUCAAGCGAGCUAAGAACACCGAAGCAGCCAGAAAAUCUCGCCAGCGGAAAGUGGAACUCCAGGAGUCACUUGAGCGCCGUAUUGAAGAGCUUGAAGCCGAACUGGAGCACGCCAAACAAGAGGCCGAGCACUGGAAGGGUGUUGCUGGGCACACCGGAAACUGA